AUGGUGCAACAGGACCCUCAUGAGACUCGUCAGCUCGUGCAGAGCCUAGAAGCUGCCUCCAAGAAAGACAAUAGACGCGAUAAAAAGUCAUUCAGUUGCAGGAAGUCGACAUUCCGUGUCGCUGGAUCGGAUAACAUUUCCGUUGAUUCCUGGAAAUUCAAUGACUGGGACUACAAGAGACCUGACCUGCCUACGUAUGCUCGUGGCCUGUUCACUACGAAGCUGAAGGAUGGGCGGCGGGAGAUAUGCACGCGAGGAUACGACAAGUUCUUCAACGUCGGCGAAGUCAACAACACCCAAUGGGAAAACAUCGAAACGAAUACCAGAGGCCCCUACGAACUCAGUGUGAAGGAAAACGGCUGUAUCCUCUUCAUUUCCGGGUUGGAAGACGGGACUCUCUUGGUAUGCAGCAAGCAUUCGACCGGCGGCCGCAGUGAUGUUGCUGUGAGCCAUGCACAAGCCGGCGAACGCUGGGUCGAGAGCCACCUCGAAAAAGUUGGAAAGACUGUCAAGGAACUGGCAACCGAGCUGAGAAGCAUGAAUGCAACGGCUGUUGGCGAACUUUGUGACGACGAUUUCGAAGAACACGUCUUAGCUUACGACGAGAAUGCUGCAGGCAUUUAUAUCCACGGCAUCAACUUCAACGUUCCGGAAUUUGCUACUAUGCCCAGCGCAGAAGUACAUCAAUUUGCGGACAAAUGGGGGUUCAAGAAGGCGCAGUUUAUCGUCCUCGACGAAAUAACGGCUGUCAAAGAGUUCCUGGACACAUGCGCAGAAACAGGAUCCUGGAACGGACGGGAUACGGAAGGGUUCGUCGUUCGGUGCCGGAUGCAAGAAGGCCCAUCUGAACCGUCCAGAGACUGGUUCUUCAAGUACAAAUUCGAGGAGCCGUAUCUGAUGUACCGCCAAUGGCGCGAGGUCACAAAAGCGGUCAUUGCAGGAAAGCUGCCCAACAUCAGAAAACACAAAAAGAUCACAGAAGAGUAUCUACUCUAUGCUCGGCGGCAGCUGGCCAAAGACCCCAAACUCGCCAAACUCUACAGUAAGAAUCACGGCAUUAUCGCUAUGCGGGAUGGAUUUUUGAACGAGAGAGGCUUGAAAGGCUCGGAGAUCAUAGCAAUGGAGAACGAGAGCGGAGAAUCUGCCACUCGAAAUGUUGUUCUUGUUCCUGUUUCUUCGAUCGGAUGCGGCAAAACCACUGUUGCUCUUGCGCUGGUGAAACUUUUCAACUGGGGCCAUAUCCAAAAUGACAAUAUAGGCAAACAAAAGAACAAGCCCAAGAGGUUCGUACUUGAGCUGACAAACGCCAUGGCCCUCAGCCCUGUUGUUAUUGCUGAUCGCAACAACCACCAAAAGCGCGAGAGGAAGCAGCUCAUGGAUGAUGUGACUGAGGUUGUCUCAGAUACAAAAUACGUCGCCAUUCAAUGGGUGCACGAACCACACCAGUUGGAUAACCUCCGACAUGUUACUAGAGACCGAGUCUUGUCUCGCGGUGACAACCACCAAACCAUUCGAGCAGCAACUGAAAACUUGGGCACGAUCACAGGAAUCAUGGAAGGGUUUUUGAACCGGUUUGAAGCGGUCGACACCGACCGCGAACCUGAUAUCAACUUCCACGAGGUCAUUAAUCUCAACAUUGGCCCUUCUCGUGAUAGCCUGGAAACUGUCAUUAUAAGGCUGCACGAACUCUUCCCCAAAAUCGUUGAACGUCUCCCAAGCAGCGAGGAAAUGGAUGCUGCAAUCGAAGCUGCAUUGUCAGACUAUCAAGUCACGGAAGACCUGAGCUGGACUUCUGACAAGAAGCAUGAAAAGGACAAGAAGAAGAAUAAUACGGUCGAACAAAGGGGCACCAAGAUCCAAGACCCUGCCCUCCUGGUCAAACAAAUCGAGUACAUUGGAAUCUCGGUCCCAACUCCAGCAAUCCACGACUUGCUCGGUUCAAUCUUUCCUGCUGGCGGUAGUGAUGAUGCGUUUCGGAGCAAGACGUACAACCACUUGCUCAAUUCGCGACGCAUCCAACCCAACUUCCACGUCACAUUGAUCCAUCGCUCUCAGAGUCAGGAACACGCCGACAUUUGGAAAUACUACACGGAUCGAUACGUGCAACGCAUGAACGAGCGAGAACCGGGAGACCCGACAACAUCGCCGAAACUGGCGCACGCGCGCGUCCGCGUCGAACGACUUAUCUGGAACGACGACAUUAUGGCCUUUGUUGUUCGACUACUACCUGACACCAGCGGGGAUGAGGACGAGAACAACAACAACAACAACAAUGAUAACAAUAGCCCCUGGCCGUGCGUCAACCCGGUACCGCACAUCACCGUGGGCACAUCGCGGCCAGAAGUUAAACCUAAGGAGAGCAAUACCUUGUUACAGGAGUGGCUGCAGUCUGGUGCUGCACCCGGUACGGGUCUGUAUGAAGCUGAGAUUCCCGGCUACCAGGUCCUAGAAGGCGCAAUCUAUCAUGUUAUGAAGAGGGGGAAGUAG